GUUUCGUUUCGUUGUCGGCAGUGCACGGUGUAUCGAAGCGUAUAAUUUAAGCGUAUUAUCGCCUACACGCGAUUUAUAAAUAAACUUUUGUGUUGUGCACUCAUUGGAUUUGUUGAAAAUGGCUACUGCUCCAGUUAAGAAGGUCCCCAUACAUUUACAGAGCUCCCAGAACCGACUGCUGAUCAAGAAUGGGAGAGUCGUCAACGAUGACGGCAUGGAGGACGCUGAUGUCUACAUCGAGGAUGGCAUCAUCAAACAAGUGGGCCGCAACCUGAUCAUCCCAGGCGGUACGCGCACCAUUGACGCGACCGGCAAGCUCGUGAUGCCAGGAGGCAUCGAUCCCCACACCCAUUUCGAGUUAGAGAUGAUGGGUGCCAAGACUGCGGAUGACUUCUACAAGGGCACACGAGCUGCUGUCGCGGGCGGCACCACUACUGUCAUCGACUUUGUGCUGCCUGAUAAGGGCCAGUCGCUGAUCGAAGCGUACAACAAUUGGCGACAGAAGGCCGACGGCAAGGUGUGCUGCGACUACGGUCUCCACGUCGGAGUAACCUGGUGGUCGCCGUCCGUCCGCAAGGAAAUGGAGAAGCUGGUCUCCGAGGACUAUGGCGUCAACUCCUUCAAGAUGUUCAUGGCGUAUAAGGACGCCUGGAUGCUGGACGACUAUAACCUCAUGUGCGCUGUGGAAGCUUGUGCUGAACUGAAGGCUUUACCUCAGGUGCAUGCAGAAAAUGGGCACAUCAUAGCUCGCAACACAGAGAAGCUUCUAGCCGCCGGGGUCACUGGCCCAGAGGGGCACGAGCGAUCCAGGGAUGAAGAGGUUGAAGGGGAAGCUGUCAAUCGCGCCUGCGUUAUCGCCAACCAGGCAAAUUCACCGUUAUACAUCGUCCAUAUGAUGUCAAAGAGCGCCGUGCGCGCCAUACAACAGGCCCGCGCCCGUCAGCGACAACCAUUGUAUGGAGAGACACUCGCGGCCACCGUCGGCACUGAUGGGUCUCACUACCGCAACGCGUGCUUCCGCCACGCGGCCGCGCACGUGCUGUCGCCGCCGCUGCGCCCCGACCGCUCCACCCCGCAGGCCAUCGUGGAAGCCCUCGCCGAUGACCAUCUUCAACUAAUCGGCAGCGACAACUGUACCUUCCACGAAAAGGACAAGGAACUGGGCAAGGGCAACUUCGCUAAGAUACCCAAUGGAGUCAAUGGAGUCGAGGACCGCAUGGCCGUACUGUGGCAGAAAGCUGUCAACACAGGCAUAAUGGACCCGUGUCGCUUCGUGGCCGUAACCAGCUCGACAGCGGCCAAGAUCUUCAACUUGUGGCCGGCCAAAGGCCGAGUGGCCGUCAACAGUGACGCCGACGUAGUCGUGUGGGACCCGCGUCUUGAAAGGACUAUCACAGCUGCCGCGCAUAAGCAUGCUGUCGACUUUAAUAUAUUUGAGGGUCAGCACGUAGUUGGUAGCCCGCAGUACGUGAUCGUGAACGGGCGUGUGUGUCUGGACGACGGCCAGUUACGAGUCGUUGAAGGUCACGGCAAAUUCUUGAAGACCCCCGUGAACUCCCCAUACGUGUACGGCGGCGAAGAAGUGCUGCAUUCAGCGUCCGAGCACCCGCUGCACGUGGAUGUAGCUCCUCGACACGUCAGCGUCACCAACGGGACACCCACCCCAGAAGCACUGAACAAACACCUGGAGGACAUGUCGGUGACGUCAUCAGGCUGCAGCACUCCCACGGGACGCAAGAUGAGAGAGACCGGACAACGAAAUCUGCAAAGUUCCACCUUCUCUAUUAGCAAGGAGGUGGAAGGCCUGGAUACGAAGACUUCGGUGCGCGUGCGGAAUCCGCCCGGCGGCAAGUCCUCAGGGCUUUGGUAGAGGACCACAGGGUCCCGGGGUCAACCUGAUGGGUAACUAAAACUUGUGGAAAAACUUUAUGAUCUUAACUUCUGAUUAGUAGAAACGUCUGCAGUCGAUGUCACUAGGCUUAGAAUACUAAUAGAGAUGCACCGAAUAUUCGGUUACUAUCCGACCUAUUCGGCCCUUAUUUUAGUAUUCGGCCGGAUACCGGAUAGUGACGUACUAUCAUCCGGUGAUGUGCAA